AUGUCUCUCCCUUGGGUCUUGUGGAUCUUUCCUCUUCCCGUUCUCUCCUCCGCUCCCUUUCUUGGCCAUCUCUUUAUCUGUGACCACAGAGACUUUCCUUCAGUUCAUGUAGAGCAAUCACAUUGCUUGCAGCUCGUAUUCUCACUUCAUUCCAUAAAACCAACGAAGAUCUUUAGUCAAUGUUCAUCCAAGGCAACACCAGUGCAAAGUCUCAAUGUCAACUCAACCUCUACAGCCGAGUCUUUCACCAGCCCUUCAUCUUCAUCACCCCUACCUACACCUCAAAACUUAUGGAAACUCAAAACUCACUCACCCUCCCAAAACAGCCACCCACACGAGCAACUUUCAUCACUUCAUCCCGCACGUUCUCAUCUCCAUCUCAAUCAAAGUGAGCCCUGA